AGACAAACCGAAACACAUCUUUUCCAAAGUGCUGUCAAAAUUUCGCGAACUCAGCUUUCUUGAUUGAUCGGUGUAGCAUAGCCUUAAAAAAAGUGUCGCUCUUUGCAAUGUUCAAAGUGCUUUUGUUCGCUUAAUUGCUGCAAUUUCUAGACAUAACUGCUAAACUCAUCGCUUAUCGUAUACCGGUUUGACUAUUUGGUGUUAAAGUUUUUUUAUCACUCAAUUUAUUGUAAACUUCGUAAGAUGGCAGAUUGCGCUGGCGAUUGGUGCUUGAUCGAAAGCGAUCCGGGCGUGUUUACGGAAUUGAUACGAGAAUUUGGGGUGGAGGGAGUCCAGGUGGAAGAACUGUGGAGCUUGGAUGAAGAGCACUUCAAAAAUCUAGAGCCGGUUCAUGGGUUAAUUUUCUUGUUCAAGUGGGUCAAAGAUGAUGAACCAGCAGGAUCUAUUGUGCAGGAUAGCCGUCUGGAGAAGAUAUUCUUCGCUAAGCAGGUUAUCAACAAUGCCUGCGCAACACAGGCAAUUCUUAGUGUUCUACUGAACAGCAGUCAUGCAGACAUCAAUCUUGGUUCGACUUUAUCUGAUUUUAAAGAAUUUUGCAUUUCUUUUGAUGCUUAUAAUCGAGGACUUGCUUUGAGUAAUGCUUCGCAAAUUCGUACGGUACAUAAUUCGUUCGCUCGUCAAACGUUGUUCGAACUGGACAACAAACAUGCAAACAAAGAUGAGGAUGUUUUCCACUUUGUUGGCUAUGUUCCAGUUGAUGGCAGAUUGUAUGAACUGGACGGUUUGAAGGCGGGUCCGAUUGAUUUGGGUGCUGUUGGCGCUGGUGAGGAUUGGCUCAAUGUCGUGCGACCUAUAAUCGAAAAACGCAUCCAGAAGUAUAGCGAGGGAGAAAUUCACUUCAACUUGAUGGCGAUUGUCUCUGACCGGCAGUUGAUUUAUCAACGCCAAAUAGAUGCACUCUUGAAAUCCGGCGGAGAAGAUGAGAUGGAAACGGACACAAAACAGAAUGAAAUCACCAGGUUGCGUUUGUUGAUUGAGGAUGAGGUUGCUAAACGCAAGCGGUACAAGGUGGAGAAUAUUCGCCGCAAACAUAACUAUUUGCCGCUGAUUGUAGAAUUGCUAAAAAUUUUAGCUCAGAAUGGGCAGCUAAUGCCGCUUUAUGAGAAGGCUAAACAGCGAGCCGCUGAACGAGAAACAGGUAAAACGGAACCUCAGAAGUAAGACUUUUUUCAGUUAUAUUUCUUACUGCUAUAACUGGGCUGAUAACGCGUCGAUUUAUUUUAAUUUUUUUUAAGCGUCAAAUUAUACUGUACCCCAGGUACAAUUAAAUACUAAUUUCGGGAGAAAAUAAACUCUUUCUUAUACCUA